AUGCCCAAGGCUUUGAAGGCAUCCCGCGCUCGUCAAGCGAGUGCCGCACAAGCCAGGAAGGUUCUGCAAGGACAUAAAGAAAAUAUACAGCCUACCGUCCAGUCCGGAUCUGGCCAGUCAUCAAGCAGCGGGUGGGUAACUCGGUCGCAGUCUGGAGCAUCCGAGUCACCCGAAAAAGUGCAAAAAGAGACUCUGUCAUUGUAUAAGGAGCAGGCACGGGUACUACUCAAAGAAAACUCCCACCUUAGAUCAGAGCGGUCGGGCCUUCUCCGCAAGCUCCAGGAUGCCGAAGCGGAUCACCUUGAAUCUGCGGCACAUGUUAAGGAUCUUAAGGACAAGAAUGCAGACCUACGGCAACGUGCGACGCAUGCUGAGGAUCUCAAGGACGAGAACGUGGACUUAUGGCAAUGGCUUCAUGUUCUCGAGCGGCGUAUACAGCGGCUUCAGCGGGACAACGUCAAGGCGCGGAUCGCUACGAGGAAGAAGGUUGCUGAGGUGUCAAGCUCCGAGAAAGAUCAAAAUGACUCUGGAUAUGCUCUGCCUGGCCGCGAGGAUGCUCUUCUGGCUACUAGUCAGGCUUACCAGGCUGUCGGCUCUCUGCAACUGGACCUGGCUAAUCUCCAUGAACAGGCGAUGAACACUAUCUAUACAGUGGUCUCGGAGGCAUCUGCUCGGGCUCUGGAUGCUGAGAAAGCGCUCACUGAUGAGAGAAACACUUCGAGCUUUGCUGUAGCACUCUACCAAGAGGAACUCUGUCGGGUCCAAUACCAAGUGUCUGCUGCUAUUUCUGAAGCGCAAAUCACUGCUGACAAUGCUCGAUCUGAGGCACAGGACUGUAUCGAAAACUUCAAGUGUGGACUAGCAGCUUCGAAAGCUCAAGGAGGCUACCUGACUGAGGCACUUUCGGCCUCGAAAGCUACAGUUUAUGCCUUUCGGAAGCGGUGCAAGAGGCAUCCCGAUGUUAUGGCGAGAGUUGUCUCGAAGGCUGUUAAGAAGUAUGUCCAGGAAUCACGGAUUGUUCGUCUCAAGUUCAAGGGAGUUUACACGCUCGCUGCCCGGAUGGCGGCACGCAAGCUUAUUAACUUCAAUGUGGCCUCGGAACAUAUUCGUGAUGUCUUUAACACCGUGGCAGAGCUGCUUGGUGUAUCGAUACCUCCUGAAGAUAAGAUGAGCCGUCAGACCGUACGCCGCGCUGUUCUCGAGGGUGGUGUAGCAGCGAAACUACAAGUGGUGUUCGAUAUCAUGCAGUCCGAAGGCUUUAUGAUUAGCGGGGAUGGCACAUCGCACCGGCACAUCAACUACGAAUCCAAUUUUAUUGCUCUGUCGACGCCAGUGUAUACUACAAGCUCAAGUUCAGGUCCCACGGGAAAGGCACAUCGCCUACGAACACUUGGUGUCCAUUCGGCUACAAAUCGUAAGGCUGAUACGCAAGUCGACGGCUGGAAGGACUUGUUCUCUGAGUUUCAAGAGUUCUAUGAUUGCAGUCCUUUGUCACGGCGGCACCAGACAAUAGAAAUGGCUGAGAUCGCGCGGAAGCUCAAAGGGUACUUUUCCAACCAUGCUGCUUAUCAGAAGAAGACGUCUCGUGGCAUGCAAGACUGGAAGUGGGACGAGAGUCUGUGUGACCUCGGGGAAGAUGCCCUAUUGCUCAAGGACGUUACCAAGCUUGUGCAGAUUCUCGCAGAUGCCAAUGCAGCGAAGAUUGCCACCGUAGGAGGAAUGGAGAAAUGGAACUUGCUCUCUUGGGACGAGCAGACGGUCUACAAGUGGCUUGGUGAGGAGGUGUAUGCUGCGUUAUCGGAGGAGGAGAAGCACAAGCUUGACCUCUACAUAUGGGGGGGUUGUUGUAUGCACAAAGACCUUAAUAGUUUCAUUGGUGGAAAUACUCGAAUGACGGCAUGGUGGCUUGACAAUGGUGUCACUCCUCCGGUUCUCCUUGCCAACAAAGAUAAUGCUGCAGUUCUUGCUGGUCGUUCCACAACCUCGGAUGCCCUCACCGACACUGAGAAGUGUGCACUUGACAGCUUGACUUGUGGUGGCGUGAAGACGAUGGACAUUGGUGGUGCAGUGUUCAAGAAUAGUGAUCAGAAAAAAGGACAAGGAGAUAGUUAUGCCUAUCGUUUUGGACGACGGUAUCCGGACACCAGCAAUACACGUUACCACUCGCAUGGUGAUAGCGCUUGUGUCACUUGGGCAUGGCUUGAUGAUCACAUUGAUUUUGUCUUACGGAUGAAAGAAUGCAAAGCAAAUAACACAUUCACCAAUAUGGAAAAGAAUCUUUAUAAUGCAUUACAGGAUCCAGCUACCCUAACGGAGAUGGCUUGUAUGGUGUUGUAUACCCAGACAGUUUCGGAGCCCUACCUCAAGAUUGUUCGUGGCCCUGGGUCUGAAGGCUUAAAUCAAUUAGAUCUUGGCCCAUUCCAUGAAGAGGUGAAGACCCACAUCAAGAUGUUGAUUGAGGACCCUGAUCUUGUACUUGCUGAAGAUGCAAGGCCAGAAUUGGCUACACUUGAUGUGGCGGACUGGGCAUAUCCGGAAGCAGUGCACACUAUUCAGCAGAGGGCAUCGGAGAUGCCAUAUCUUCGUCCUGUCUUCGUGGCCUUUCUAUCUGGGGCUCUAGAGACCUGGAAUAGAUUUACUAGUGAGUUCAAGUCAGGUGAGAUUGACAAGGCCACAGAAGAGGAUCGUGCACUCGCCUGGAUGCCAGCAACCAAUGAUCAUAAUGAAGGUGCACUGGGCUCACUUCCGGCUCUACCUCCGAAGCAGGCCCAAUGCCGCGCUGCAUUUCUACAAUUCACAAGUGAUACCUUCAUGGACAAGAUGCUAGUUCACGAGGACUUUGAUUUCAUCCGGCGCGAGGCUUGCAAGUUGGAGAGCCGUGGGCUUGAGAAACAGCACCGUCAAGCACAAGUGGACCAUGAACACAUGCUGGAGGACCCGCGGCGCCGAAAAGAGGCAGAGAAGCGGCGGAAGCUCGCUGAGAAAGCUGAGAAGUUGGCGGGGAUUCUCGAAGUUCACCGACAACUUGAUGGUAAUCAAGAUAUGCCCAAGAAGUCGCACCUGAAGAACAAAGCAGAGAAAGUCGCAGUGUUGAAGCACGUGGUUAGGCACUACUUAGCAAAAUACCCCAAGUCCGAUGGCAAGUGGCUGGAGGACAUGGGGAUUGGCAUCGAGACAGACGAGAAUUCUGACGCCGACAUGUAUGGCACAGACGGUUCUGACAACGAGGACGAGGGUGAUGAGUAG